AGCCAGUAGAAGAAGAAGAAGAGCAGGACCCUGAACCCCUUGUUGCUUCGGCUUCGGGUUCGGCUGCUGUUCUCCCUCCGGUCCAGCAGGGUUCGCUGUUCGCUUCCCUCAGCGAAGCGUCGUCGACGCGGAACUCCGCUCCGUGUUUACGUCCCCGCUCUUUGUCCGCAGAAAGCAGUAAAAUGUGCGCCGUGCAGCUGCUGCGGGUGUCGGUCCACGAGCGGAUCAGCGCCGCCGCUGAAGACGUUCUGCUGCGGGUGGAAACGGGAGAAGAACCGGCGGAAGUCCCGGCGCUGAGAGCGCUGCUCACCGAGCGGCUCGCGGCGGCCGCGGAGGAGAUCGUCGGUGUGUUCGAGGAAACCGUGGCGGAGUACGAAGCCAGAGCUGAGCGGGCAGAGCGGGAGGUCUGCCGCCAGAGGAGGCUGCUGGAGGCCGUGCUGAAGCCCGAAGUCCGGCUGCACAGAGCAGACAUCCAGCAACUGUUGGGGAGCAAAGAAGAGCCCAGUCUGGACCAGGAGGACCCACCAGAGCCCCUACAAAUUAAAGAGGAGGGGAGACCCAGUCUGGACCAGGAGGACCCACAGCUUCCACAUAUUAAAGAGGAACAGGAGGAACUCUGGACCAGUCAGGAGGGAGAGCAGCUUCCAGGACUGGAGGAGGCUGAUAUCACCAAGUUCCCAUUCACUCCUGUCCCUGUGAAGAGUGAAGAAGAUGAUGAAGAGAAACCUCAGUCCUCACAGCUUCAUCAAAGCCAAAUUGAACAGAUGGAAGCUGAUGGAGAGGACUGUGGAGGACCAGAACCAGCCAGGAACUCUGAUCCAGAUAGACUUUCACGAUCUGAGACUGAAGACUCUUCUGAGAGCAAAGACAGUGAAAACUGGGAGGCGACCAGAGAACCUCUGUCAGGUUUAAACUCUCAUUGUAAUGAUGACGUCCCUGUCAGUAGUAGGACACACAUUGCUAACAAUAAACGGUUUAGCUGCUCUGAGUGUGGGAAAAGAUUUCUUCAAAUGGGAGAUUGGAAGAGACACAUGAGAACUCACACAGGGGAGAAACCAUUCAGCUGCUCUGAGUGUGGGAAAAGAUUUAUUCACAAGUCUUCUUUGAAGACACACUUGAGAGUCCACACGGGAGAGAAACCGUUUAGCUGCUCUGAGUGUGGGAAAAGAUUUACUCAAAAGCGACAUUUGCAGAUGCACAUGAGAACUCACACUGGAGAGAAACCAUUCAGCUGCUCUGAGUGUGGGAAAAGAUUUACUCGCAAGUCAUCUUGGAAGACACACUUGAUACUCCACACGGGAGAGAAAGCAUUCAGCUGCUCUGAGUGUGGGAAAAUAUUUACUCGAAAGGGACAAUUGCAGACACACAUGAGAACUCACACAGGAGAGAAACCAUUCAGCUGCUCUGAGUGUGGGAAGAGAUUUACUCUAAAGGAUAAUUUGCAGAGACAUGUGAGACUUCAUACAGGGGAGAAGCCUUUCAGCUGCUCUGAGUGUGGGAGAAGAUUUAUUCAAAAGUCAUCUUGGAAGACACACUUGAGAAUCCACACAGGAGAGAAACCAUUCGGGUGCUCUGAGUGUCGGAAAAGAUUUUCUCAAAAGUAUAAUUUGCAGAAACACAUGAGCCUUCAUACAGGAUGGAAACCAUUCAGCUGCAGUGUUUGUGACAUAAGAUUCACUUAUCUUUAUCAACUCAAAAAACACAAGUGUGGUGAUGAGUCCUCACAUGGAAACCAACCUGGGGAGAACAAGGAUGCAGAGCCUCGAGCCAGCAGCUCAGCUGAAGACAUGGAAACAGAUGGAAAGAGAAGCUGAUGGAGAGGACCGUGGAGGACCAGAACCAGCCAGGAACUCUGAUCCAGGUGCUGAAAAACUCCUAGAGGAAACACUGUACUGGGGUAGAGGCAGAAGUCUCAGAGCUCGAGAAUCUGCUUGGCUGCAUAGCACAAACAGUUUCUAGAGUGGCCGAAGACAGAGCCGGCAGGGCCAGCAGCAACAGCGCUGACAGCUUCAUCUGAGGAUGAAACGCAGAACAAAGUCACUGUUAAUUACCAGCAGUUUAUAAUACAGCAUUAAACCAACCCUAAAACAGAAGCUUGUUAAAGAAUUCAGCACCUCAAAUGUUGAGCCAUCAAAACAUUCUGAACAUGGCAAAUUUGUUUUGAAGAAGUAAAGUAAUAAUUAAAAUACUUUGACUGAAAACUUUAAUAUUGAAUGGUACCAGGAGAAAUAGCUUGAAAUGAUAACAAAAAGUAUUUCAUGAUACAGCUAUUAAUUUCAUCAUGUUUGAUCUUUUGAGAUUACUCUUAAAUGUAUUCAUCAUUAAUAAUAAUUAAUUAUAAUUUGAUAAUUUAAUGAUCUUGAGGUGAAAACACAAUAAAAAGUACUCACCUUUC